CUGGGCUGGCUUGCUGGCAGGAGAUUUCCACUUCUCUGAGAUACCGAGGGAAUAAUCACUGUCUGAUGUGGCUCUAUCUAGUGCAGCAUAUUGUUGCAGCUCAGAGAGCUACACACAACAGCAACACAAAACCCUCAACAAAAACAGACUGCUACCUCUUUAAAAUGUGGCAGGCACUGUGUGCGGUGCAGUGUACUGGAGCAUGUGAUAGCUUGAAAGGCAGUUAGAAGCUGCAGGAGGAGAGCCGACUUAGGGAUGAGCUGUCUGCCUGCAUCAGAGUUAAGAUUCACUGCAGUGAACCAAAUGCUCUUUACAAUUAAGGGAGCAAAAGUUCUGGGUCUCGAAGGAGCUGGGCAGGUCUCUCCUCCAGUAUGCUGAGAGGCACAGGGGUCUAACUGAGCCAUCCGAGAGCAGAAUGGUACCUGCGCUCCCCCAGCCUGGCUGCCCUGGGUGUGAAGUCUUCGCUUGGAGAAGAAAGCAGUGACACUGGACCCUGCACAGGACAAAGUAACUUCAGUGACCGCUGCACCAUCAUGCCGCAUCAUAUCACGGGCUACCAGGCUAUUUAUAUCACCAUAGAAGUGCUCAUUGCCCUUGUGUCUAUUCCUGGGAACAUCUUGGUGAUCUGGGCUGUCAAAGUGAACCAGUCUCUUCGGGAUGCCACUUUCUACUUUAUUGUGUCAUUGGCUGUUGCGGACGUAGCCGUGGGAGCUCUUGUCAUCCCACUUGCCAUCAUCAUCAACAUUGGCCCACAGAUACAUUUCUACAGCUGCCUGAUGGUGGCGUGUCCUGUCCUCAUCCUCACCGAGAGCUCCAUCCUGGCACUGUUGGCCAUUGCUGUGGAUCGCUACCUCAGAGUGAAGAUCCCUAUGCGCUACAAGAGUGUGGUGACACCCAGGCGUGCUGGGGUGGCUAUUGCUUGCUGCUGGCUGGUCUCCCUCCUCGUAGGGCUGACCCCCAUGUUUGGCUGGAACAAUCUGAACAAAAUGCGAAAGACUCAGGUGAACUCCAGCCAGUCGGCGUUCACCGUCAGUUGCCAGUUUGAGAAUGUUAUCAGCAUGGAGUACAUGGUAUAUUUCAACUUCUUUGUUUGGGUGCUGCCUCCAUUGCUCCUCAUGUUGAUCAUAUACCUGGAGGUCUUCAAGAUCAUCCGCAAGCAGCUUAAUAAAAAGGUUGCAUCCAGCUCAACGGACCCUGAGAAAUAUUACGGGAGGGAGCUGAAAAUUGCCAAGUCUCUUGCUCUGGUUCUUUUCCUGUUUGCUGUGAGCUGGUUGCCUCUGCACACUCGUAACUGUAUCAGCUUUUUCUGUCCCUCCUGCGAGACCUCGAGCAUCUUCACUUACAUUGCUAUAUUUCUUACACAUGGGAACUCGGCCAUGAAUCCCAUUGUUUAUGCCUUCAGGAUUAAAAAAUUCAGGACCACAUUCCUGCAAAUCUGGAACCAGUAUUUUUGUUGCAAAUUAGACAAGAACAUGAACAACAUUGAUAACACUGACAUUGCUAUCUAGGAGUCCACCAAGGUUAGGCUGGCCCGGAGCCUUCAAGCCACAUGGGAUGAUCUAUUAACAUCACCUUUGUUGUCGAUAUGGCCAAGUUGGCUUUAUCUCCAUCGUAUACAGUGUCUGCUCCUGAACAGGGUAGGCAAGGCAAGGCACGGAGCCAGUCAAGGGCAUUAUUUAUUGCUACUAGUACUAUUUACUGUACCAUUUGGUAUUCUAGAAACUUUUUUUUUUUUUUAGGGAACAUAUAUCUACUCAUUUAAAGGGGAAUUAUACCCACAGGAAGCUGUGACGUAUCUUUCAUUCCAAUAAAGGGGAAACACAUCUCUGGAGUUUUAUUUCUAGGGUUUUGCUGUUCACUAUGGAGUGCUCAAAGCUGUAGACUAUUCAGAUCACACAAGAAAAUCAGACAGAAAGAGGAGUAAAGCAAGAAGAGAAAUUCAUGGUAAAUGCUUGUAACACCAGGAGUUCAGCAACACUGGCAAAAUGAAGAGGCUCACAAGAUUUCCUAGGAACUAGAUGGGGAACUUGUCUCCUAACUUCUGCAGCAACUCAGGGGCCAGUGACCAGGCCCAAAACUUAAGCUGCUAAUUAAAAGCACUGGACUGGUGCCAGGAUUUGUGCCCCACUGUUGUAAACCUUAACACCGUUCCCACCCCUCACACCCAAUCAUUUCUACAGUAGAAUGAAGAUUUAUGCUAUGCAAUCCUAAAGAUGUUUACUGAGAAAUAAGUUCCAUUGAGUGCAAUGGGAUUUACUCCCUAAUAACAAUGUCUAGGAUUGCAACCUUAAUCCUACCUUUCCUUCCCAUGUGUACCACAACAUUGUCGUGGUACCACAAUUAAGUACAUAAACAGGAUUUGCACAAGGUCUGCCCAAGACAUUUUACUGCCUGAAAUGAACAUUCAAAUGGUACUCCCCUCCAAUAUACACUUAGUGCCAAAAUGCAGGUUGCAUUAAUGGCAUUAUUGGUCCUGAUGGGCUUGUUCUUUCUUGCCUAAAGAAGAGCUCUGGGGCCUAAUCUGUAGUGUAGCAAGAGGGGGCUUUAACCCUUGGCCCCCACCUACUGCAAUCCCAAUUGAGAUUCCUCCCUUUAGCUCCUGCUUGCUCUAGAAGGGAAGCUCUCAUUGGUGCAAAUGGAAAUUUCCCUUCCAGAGCAAAUAGAAGCCAUGGGGGAAGGGGCUGUCUGUUUGAGGCCUAUGGUGGGAGCAAAGCUACCUCAAGCUGUGGUCCCAAUCCAGAUCAAUCCAAUUAAGCAGGAAAAAACAAGCAUAUCAACAACAAAAAAUAUUUAUACUGCUUUUCAACAAAAGGUUCCACAGCACAUAAAGAAAUAAUAAAUACAUAAGAUGGCUCCCUGUCCCCAAAGAGCUCACAAUCUAAAAAGAAACAUAAGACAGACACCAGCAACAGUCACUGGAGGUACUGGGCUGGGGGUGGAUAUGGCCAGUUACUCUCCCCCUGCUAAAUAUCAGCUAAUGUGUAGCUUGGCCAUUAGAAUAGUUAAGCAAAUGAACUAUAAAUCAUGAAGUCCCUCAUUUUGAAUCUUACUUCUGUCAUUAAUCUGCUAGGUAACCAUAGGCAAGCCAUUCAGCCUCAUUCCCCCCAUUUGCAAUAUGGGGAUAAUACCUUGCUGGGUUGUUGUAAGGAUUCUAACAAGAUCAUGCAUGUAAAGCACUUUGAACGGUCAAAAGUGCUAGACAAAUGCUGUCAUAAAAGUAUCUCUCUAUAUAAUCUAUCUAUCUAUAUUUCUCUUAGAUGUACCCAUCACUAAUCUCAUGUGUGGCAGCUCUUGUGAGAGUUCGCGAGCAGCUGCUGGAUAGCAACAGGGAUGUGUGGGAGAGUAGGAAAUAGUGGUGGUAGCAGUUGGGCCAGGGGCCCAAUGGGGGAAAAAGACAGGUUGGCAGAGAAAACAGGAUGGGUGGAAGGUUGUGGAGACUGGGUGGAAAUAAAACGACGAUGGCGGGGGGGGAGUUGGGUGGGCAGAGAAAAUGGCAGAGGCGGGCGGGCAGGUCGAAGAAGGCAACGGAGGCUGGCCGGCUAAGAAGAAAACAAUGGUGGCAGUGGGUGGGCAGGGAAAUGGUGGCGAGGGGCGGGCAGGGGAAACGGCAGCAAGCGGGCAGGCAGGGAGUGGCGGCAAACUAGAGGCUCAGAUGCUCUGCGCCCAGUCCAGCUAGUUUUUAUUAAAAAUAUGAUAAUGAUUACAUGAUUGACAAUUUGCUUCCCCUUCAUGUACCCAAACGCUGCCAGCUGAGGCAGCCACUCACUUUGCCUCAUGGUAAGGCCAGUCCAGCGUGUUAUAUGUAACAUGAUCUCAUCUGAACUUGCAUUCAGGACAUAAUUAAAUGGUGUAGAAUUGCUCCAGUCUGCUAGUGCUUCCUUUCUAUGGGUGAAAUAUUUUCACAUUCAUUUUGUAUAUAUCUAACUUUUCAUACUGUGACUUUCACCUAAUAUUUUGAGCUGGUGAUUUUCCCCCUCCUGUAAGGUGAAGUCUGAGAUUUGACAUGUACUGGAGAUACUAGACAUCUCCAAAAUGUGGCAGUAGCCUUCAUGUCUCUCCACAUGGGAGAUACAUUCAGAAAACAAAAUGACUGGUAUAGCUGUUGAUCACAUUGUGGCUGGACCAUGUAAAAACAUGAAUGUGAGAAUCGGACUUUGGGUUCAUAUGCAAAGAUGUAGAAACAACACAUGCUGACAUGCUAUGCUGUCUUGGAGGCAUAUCAAAAUUGACACGAUCAGUGCUCUGACCAUCCUCACUCAGGACUAAAUCAGAGAACAAAAUUGUUUGAAGAUGCUGCAUUAUUUCUCCUUCUUGCCUUGGUCUCAUAUGUACAAAUUCUACUGAAAUUAAUAAAGGCUGCAAUAUGGCUUGGUAGCAAAUAUGAGACUGAUCUCUACAUUUGUCAGACAGAAUUAGCUUUAUACCCUGAUAAUAGUUACAACGAGCGGUUUUAGCAAUACAGCUGCCUAAUGCAAACUAGUGCUCCUGACCUACAGGCCAAUAUUGCUUAUUCCUACAAAAUGAAAGAACAAUGCCUCAUGGAACAAAAUAUCUAUGAAAACUGGCAUGGUGUAUAUUGCAUUGCUGAAAAUAGAUGUCCCUCGCUUCAGAGCACGGAUUCAAUCUUGUAGUUUUAGGUAGAGUUUAAUUGAGAUCAAGCUAAAGUCAAAAGCAUCUUUCUUCUCUUCCCAUGCAACAGUACAUGCUGAGCCUUGGAAGGCAGACAGAGUGCAUGAAAGAAAUGCUAGUAAAUAAAAGGGGGAAGCCUAGGCUUUUGCACCUCCUGCUUAAUUUGAUGACUUGAAGAAUCCUUGGGGGCACCAGCACUAUUCAGGGAAAGGGCAACCUCAAGAAUUUGGGGCCCAGCAGGAGCUGAAAUUAACUGGAUGCCAAGACUGUUUAUAUAAACUAUGCAUAUGCUCUGUGGGCCCAAUUAGCAAGCAAUUGCAUUCUGCUAAGUCUGUCCAUAUGUUGGAAGGAGUCCCACUAGCAUAUUACGAGUAUCACAACACCGGUUUAUUUUUAUUUUAUUUGUUUAUUUAUUUGAUUUGUAUACUGCCCUUCCAAAAUGGCUCAGGGUGGCUCCAAGAACCCCACCCAUUUAAUUGCCCCCAUCUUAAUAAAAGCCUCUCUAGAGCA